AUGGUCAAUUAUAUUUCUUGUAAAAGUAAAAAUUUCAACAAAAAAUACGGUAAGUCGAAUGAAGGCUAUAACCUUGUGCUCAGAAGCCUUGUUUAUUGCAUCAAUUGGUUUAAGGAGCAACAAAGCAAGAUAUGGGGUUGUGUUUUUCGUUUGACUGUGGAGAGUGUGAUGAUUGCUUUACCCCUUGUUGCUUGGCACUUGGAGCUUUGCGCCAAAAAUCUGAAAAUUAUAAUCAAUAAGGAUGGGGUGCAAUAUAUCUUGUCGUCCGUGCUGUUGCUGCUGUGUUCCGUGCUGUUGCUGCGACUGUUGCUCAGACCCCCCGCGUCGUACUACCGUUGU